CUCUCCUCGCCGUGAGGGGCUGGGGUCGGGCCCCUUUCCCAUCCUGAGGGGCCACAUGUGGCUGUGAGGGGCUCCUGAGGGGCCCCUUCCCCACCUUGGAGGGCUCAGGGCGGCCCCGGCCCCCUCUGUGAGGGUCUUGGCAGGUGAACUCUCCCCGUGUGAGCUGCUCACCGCCCUCACAGCGAUCCUGAAAUCCCUCCUCUUAUCUCUGCUCCUCUUUGGUGGGCUCAGGGUGGGCUGGGAGCAGCCCCUUCCCCAUCACCCCCUUUGGGACAGUCUCAAAGGGCUUGGAAGGGCCGGAUUUCAACAGAAACUCUGGGAUUUAGAGGCUCACGGAUGAGGAACCCCUUUGUUUUUCCUCCCACAGAGCCCUGCCUGCUUUAUAUAAUACUUUUCAUCGCUUGGAUGCUUCGUUUUGAGCCACUAAGGCGAGCAGGAGCCGAGCUGAUCCCGUGGUGCAGCAGUUCUGGGGCUGGGGACGCAGCCCAGGUGUGCAGGAGGAGCAGGCAUCCUCUCCCCGAGGCCCAUCCAGGCUGAUGUCCCCUCUCUGACCCCGUGCAGUGUCGCGGCAGGAUGAGGAUCGUGGUGGCCAAGGUGCUGUGCCUGCUGGGGAUCUGUGUGCUGCUGCUGGCCGGGGCGCUGCUGCCCGUCAGGCUCAUCGAGGCCGACCCCGAGAAGGCUCAGCGCUCCCGCCGCCUCCUGGCGCUCUGGAAUUCCUUCGGGGGCGGCGUCUUCCUGGCCACGUGCUUCAACGCGCUCCUGCCCGCCGUCAGGGGGAAGCUCGAUGAGGUGCUCAGGCAGAACAACGUCACCACGGACUACCCGGUGGCCGAGACCAUCAUGAUGCUCGGCUUCUUCCUGUCGGUCUUUGUGGACCAGCUCUUCCUGACCUUCCAGAGGGACAAGCCCUCCUUCAUCGACCUGGAGACGUUCAACGCGGGCUCGGACGCGGGCAGCGACUCGGAGUACGAGAGCCCCUUCAUGGCGUCGCCGCGCGGGCGCGCGCCCGGCCCGCACGCGCACGGCCUGCACCUGCCCGAGCUGGCCCGCUGCGGCCCCCGCCGCCUGCUGGGGCUGGUCUUCGCCCUCUGCACCCACUCCAUCUUCGAGGGGCUGGCCCUGGGCCUGCAGGAGGACGGCGGCAGAGUGGUCAGCUUGUUCCUGGGGGUGGCCGUGCACGAGACGCUGGUGGCCGUGGCCUUGGGCAUCAGCAUGGCCAAGGCCUCGCUGCCGCUGAGGGACGCGGCCAAGCUGGCGGUGGCCGUGUGCCUGAUGAUCCCGCUGGGAAUCGGCGUGGGGAUGGGCAUCGAGAGCAGCCGGAAUGCCGCGGGCAGCGUCGCCUCCCUGCUGCUGCAGGGCGUGGCCGGCGGCACCUUCCUCUUCGUCACCUUCUUCGAGAUCCUGGCCAAGGAGCUGGAGGACAAGAGCCACCGGCUGCUCAAGGUGCUGUGCUUGGUGCUGGGCUACGCCGCGCUGGCCGGGCUGGUGCUCGUCCCGUGGUGAGCCGGGAGGCUCGGGAAGCCAAGGGAGCAAAACCUCACCUCUCCCCUCCCACUGCGCCGGGAGGAGCCGCCCCUUUCACCGCUGGAACGGCCCAACCCGGGCGGGGUUUCCAUGAUGACCUGAAGGAGGAGAAUCUCUUCCCGUGUGCUCAGAGUGAGGAAUAUCCCGAGGGAUUGUCCCUGCCCGAGGGGCUGCAGGGAUUAGCGGACACAAACGGGAAGGAUCUGGGUAAAUUCUGCUUCCAAGA